AUGGGUAUUCCUGCUGCUAAAAUAUAUGCUGCUUCAGAUCAACCCUUGGAAAAACAAGAAAAAAUUUUUGGUGAAGUUGUAGCAGGAAUAACUAAAAUUUUGUGGGUGAUGUCUGAAAAGUUUAUUGAAAGUCUAAAAUUUCGUAAAUUUUUGAAUAAUGUAUCUCAAACACGCAGUGUACAAUUUGUUAUUAAUGAACCUGCAUGGACCAAAUUGGAACAAAUAAAAAAUGAAUUUUCACUUUUACCAAUUCUAUUAUUGACAGCAACUUGCUCUUAUGAAGGUGCAUCAAAACUUGCUAUAAUUUUAAAAAGACCUAAUUUGAAAUUAGUAUUCGAAACUCAGUCAAAACCAUCAAAAAAAAAAGAUAUAGUAGAGAUAGUUCAUAAAAACAUAGAACAGAAUCAUGAAGUUGCUACGAAUGCUUUUGGUAUGGGAGUUCACAUGUCAGAUGUUCGAAUUAUUAUUCAUAUUACUUUUCCACUAUCAUCAACAAAUUUUGUACAAGAAGUUGGUCGAGCUAGUAGAGAUAGACAACAAGCUAAAAGUAUAGUUUUAUAUUCAUGUUCUGAUAUUCGUAAGUUGUUGUUGAUUGUUGGUGGAAAAAUUGAAAGUACUAAUGAAAUACAACCAGUUCAAUAUAACUACUUAGAAAAAAUGAAAAAAUAUAUAUUUGCAAUGGCUUAUACUUUUGAAGAUUCUUACCAAUAUCAUCGAAAAAUGGUAUAUGAGCCAUUUAGAUGGCCUAAAGACUCUGAAAUUCCUAAGUGUAGUAUUUGUGAUAACUGUAAAAGAUGUAUCGAUGAUAAGAUUAUUUGGUGUAAUAUUAGUGAAGAUUUACUUCAGAUUUUAGAUACGGUAGAUAAGCUAGUAAAUUUUACAAAUGAUUUGACAACACCAUUAGUAAAUUUUGGGCAUAAUAAUAUUGUAGACAUUUUUACAAAAGCCAAAAACAAAAAUGCUAAAGAACAAAACUUAACUUCCUUAUGGGAAAAUGAUAGUGACAAAGCUAAAAGCAAUAUUAUUCGAACUAGAAAUAUAUGUUUGCAUGCUAUAGAUCGGCUUUGUAUAGAAAAAUUAUUAGUUCAAAAUGUGGUAAUUAAGCCAAUACAGCCGGGUUCUUCAACGAUAGUCUAUAGAUCUAAUAUUUCUGGAAUUGCUCCAGAUACAAGACAAAAAAUACUUGAAAAUUCGUAG